AUGUAUCAUGUUGAAAUACUUAGCAGAAUAUACAAAAUAUUUUGUACCGUAUCCUGCAUGCGCGGCGUAUACCCAAGACAGUUGUACCAGGUUAUUGUGAAGGAUACGUCGUGUGCCCUGUCAAUAUCACCUCCUGCUACAGACAAUUAUCGCGAUUUGAAAUUCGCAGAAACGGCUGCUAGUCUAAUAAAAACAUCGUCUCCAAAAUUGAGAUUGAUCGGACUUUUAUUUCCUUUAAAAUUCAGUUUUUGUAAUUUAAAGUCUGAGUUUUGGUCCUCCGGAUUUAAAACAUACAUAGGAGGACGCAUAAAAGUUGGCUCUCACUCGACUACCGCAAUUGUUUGGGAAACUCUGGUCCAUUAUCCUUCAAGAUCCUAUACUUUAGAGAAUUCUGGUCCGUUGUCCGUCAAGAUCCGAUACUUUUGGGAACUCUGGUCCGUUAUCCGUCAAGAUCCUAUACUUUUAGGAACUCUGGUCCGUUAUCCGUCAAGAUCCGAUAGCUUUUGCUAUUCUGGUCCGUUAUCCGAUACGAUCCUAUAG